CAAACAUGGCUGCGCCCAUGACCAACAAUGAAAUAAUUUACGUUCUUGAUGUUUUACGAAACUAAUAAGAUGUCCACAGCAAAGUUUGCAGUCAAAAUAACAAAGUUUCAAAAUGAUUUCUUAAUAUGGUCUGCCUCAGAUUCACGUGUAGUGAGGGAAGAGUUCCGCAUUGUUGGGACCCUAACAGGGUGUUUGCCGCGGGCUCCACAUCAAAACACACACCUUGGUCUGCCUCUGCAACUUUGUAAGGAAGAGGUCAGACUUCUCAUUGAUAAAGGAUUUGCUGAGCUAGUGGAGACUGUAUACGAAGAUGCUAAUGACACAACUAGAAAUGAGUUCAAACAGAGAGAGCAGGAGAGUUAUGAAAGACAGAUUGAUUUGUUUAAAGAGGACAGAAAGGUCGAGCUAAAGCGAUGUCUGCCCAAGAUUAUUGAGGGGAAAAAAGCAAAAAGAAAUAAACUUCUGGAUGAAAGAAAGAAGAAAGGUGAAGACAUACCAGACAGUGAGUAUGAGGCAGAGAUUGAGCUACGUGUAGAGGACAUCGCCAUUCCCGAUAUAGAGAAGAGACACAUGAUGGUGCAGACACCGCUUGAAUGUGCUACGAAAAAGACCACCUACAAACCAGUAGACUGGGACUUUCCCCACACGGACAGUGAGAAACUUCGCUAUGCCGUAUUCAGGGAUCUUUGGGAGAGAGGUCAUUUUAUAACCUCAGGGCUGAAGUUUGGAGGGGACUUCCUCUCAUACCCGGGUGACCCCUCUCGGUUCCACUCAUUCUUCAUAGUUGUAUGCAGGCCGUACAGGGAACCAUUAUGUGCAGGGGAUAUUGUAACAAUGGGAAGGCUGGGAACCAGUGUUAAGAAAACUGUGGUGCUUUGUUCACUGGAUGAUGCGGGAAGAAUCUGCUAUACUUCGUUACAAUGGACUGGCAUUAGCUGAACAUGCCUGUAUUGCUAAUUUUUAUGUUAAAAUUUGGUUUGUGUUCUGUCAAGAUUUUGAAAAUUUCUAUCAUGUGGCAAGAAGUUCCAAAAAAUAAUAUUUGCAUGUUUAAUGAAUCUGGGGUUUAUCAUGCUUGUAAGUUCAAGCCUUCAAAUGUCAAACUUAACUGUUCUGCUCUUUUUGCUCUGAUACGAAGACCCAACAGAUAUGUUAAACAACUCAACAAUGGACCUGUGUUAAUAUAAUGAUGCUUAUUAAGAAUUAAGGUGGUCUGAUUUAAGGAAAACAUUUUCAGCUCUCCUUGCAGGUCAAUAUUUUACACAUAUGUCCUGAAAUACAAACUAGAGUUGAGUCACCGUGGUAUAGUGGAAUAGGUGUCAGGUUUUUGCCAGGAUUUCAAAAGGACAAGGUGCUCCAGAAAAAGGACAGGGUUCUAAAGGAGAAAAGGGCAUAUAGUGUCUCACAGUCUGGCAGCAAAGAAUUUGAACAUUCGGCCAAAAAAAGUAGGAAUUGUGCUUAAUUGAAGUAUUAAUGAGUUUCAACUCCCAGACAUAGCAGGUUUGUAUGAAUUUAUAUUAGAAUAUUAAGUUUUAAUCAAACCAAAAGAAAUUUUUGAUUAUCUUGAGCAAUCUUUGAAGGCAGGAGGGUGCCAAUGCAAGAUAAGAGUGCAGCACCCUUCAAUAACUAUUUAGCUAAAACACUAAGGUGUCUGGAGUUAAUGUGUUCAAUCUCCACAAGGGAAGUUCUCUUUGUCUAUAAAAAAGAAACAGAUCUGCUAUCUUCCCAGAGGUUAUUCAUAUACCUUCAGCCUGUCUUUAUAAUUUAGCCUGAAUAAUGUGACCGUAUAUACUACAUUAAUUUUACUACCAAUGAAAACACAGGGCAUGCUCGCUUCACUUACUCAGCCCCUCUUAUCAAUGAAAUUUUGCAUGAUAUGUUUCAACUAUUCAUAUAAAAGAAGAGUAUUACUCCAAAACCCAAAUAGUGUACUGUCGAGCUUCAUCCUGUUAUAAGGGACUAAAGAGAAUGAGAAAUUGGGACUAGGCAUUGAGUGCGAAGAAACUGGUGCUGUGUCCUUUAGAUGAGGGGUUAGCUGAUCAUAUCAUAUUUUUACAAAGAUGUGAACUAUUUGGCAAACUACAAUGUAUAUGAGUUAUGUACAUGUAUGUUAUAAAUGUAAUUAUGUACAGUUUAUUGACAUUUUUGCAAUAAAAUAUA